AUGCUCGCCAUCAGGACAGUACGCGCCCCUCGCGCCGCCUUCCAGCGUGCCCUCCUUGCAACAACGCGUCAAUACUCCGCCGACGCAUCUGCUCAACCCGCAACCAUUCAUCGUCUGGGAGUAAUAGGCGCAGGUCAAAUGGGCCUCGGAAUCGCCCUCGUAGCCGCCCGCAACGCCGCCGUCCCCGUAACCCUGAUAGACACCUCCCCCACCUCCCUCUCCAAAUCCCUCUCCUUCGCCGAAAAGCUCCUAGCAAAAGACGUCUCCAAAUCCAAACUCACCCAAUCCCAAUCCGACGAGAUCCGCAACCGCCUCACAACCUCCACCCAAAUUUCCGACCUCUCAGCCGUAGACAUGGUCAUCGAAGCCGUCCCCGAAAUCCUCACCCUCAAAUCCAAAAUCUUCUCCGAAUUGGCACAAGUCUGUGCCCCACAUGCCAUUCUUGCAACAAACACCUCAUCCAUCAGCAUCACGCGUCUGGCAGCAAGCACAAACUCCGACCCUCAAAAUCCCACCGACCUCUCCGCUUCCUCCCGCGUCGUGAGCACACAUUUCAUGAACCCGGUUCCCGUACAAAAAGGUGUCGAAAUCAUCUCCGCCCUACAAACUUCCCCCGAAACUCUCGCGACAGCAGUGGAAUUCUGUAAACGAAUGGGGAAAAUCCCCUCCGUUUCCGCCGAUUCCCCGGGAUUUCUCGCCAAUCGCAUUCUGAUGCCGUAUAUCAAUGAAGCGGUCAUUUGUCUGGAGACGGGCGUGGGAGGGAGGGAGGAUAUUGAUGAUAUCAUGAAGAAUGGGACGAAUGUACCCAUGGGUCCGUUGCAGUUGGCGGAUUUCAUUGGGCUGGAUACGUGUUUGGCGAUUAUGGAGGUGUUGCAUGGACAGUUGGGCGACAGCAAGUAUCGUCCCGCGGUGAGGUUGCGGCAGAUGGUGGAUGCCGGGUGGUUGGGGAAGAAGAGUGGAAAGGGAUUCUACACGUAUUAG